AUGUUAUAUAGCAAGGAUUUGUAUGAUUCUGUGGAGAGGAAUAAAUCCAAAGGUACCAAAUCCGAUACUAAAUGGAAGAAGCUGAAUCGGAAGGCAGUUGCUUUGAUAAGGCAAUGGCUUGAUCUUAGCGUGUAUCCACAUGUUGACACCGAAACGAACGCCGAGAAGAUGUGGAACAAAUUAAAAGAGUUAUAUGAGAAGAAGAAUGUGCAAAACAAAGCAUUCUUGAUUAGGAAGCUUGUCAAUAUGAAGUAUACUGAAGGUAAAUCAAUGCCGGAGUACUUGAGCAUUUUUCAGGAGACAGUGAACCAACUGACAAAUAAUGAGAUCACUUUGAAUGAUGAGUUGCAAGUUUUGUUGAUUGUUGAGAUGCCCUAG